AUGGCCUCAUGUGGUGAUGAUACCAUAGAGAUAGCAGCCCUGGGAAGACCAUUCCAGCUCGGGAUGCUGUACGACUGCCGGAAGGAUGCGCUUCUUCCAGGUAUAACCUUAUGGGAUCAACAGCAGCUACAGGAGAAUACAAGUGUUCAAGAACGAAACAAUACUGAAUUUAAUGUCACAACAUCAGAUUCAAUUGAGGAGAAGUCAAAUUCAUUAAAUAUCUCUGGCUCUCUGAAACUAAGUCUCUUAGGAGGACUGGUGGAUGUGGGAGGAUCAGCUAAAUAUUUCCAAGACACAAAGAAAUCCAACAACCAAGCCCGUGUGACUCUUCAGUACAAAACAACCACAAAAUUUGAAACAUUAACAAUGUCUCACCUGGGUCGUGGACAGGUGUCUCAUCCUAAAGUGUUUGAAGAUGACACGACAGCCAGGAAGGACUUGCACACAGAGGGCCACAACAUUAUACAAUCCAUGAUUUUCCUCAGUGCAACUGAUAACACUGCCACUCAUGUCGUCACGGCCAUGUUGUACGGAGCCAGUGCCUACUUUGUAUUUGACAGAGAAUCAUCAUCAGAGGAUGUGCAGGUACAAGUGGCAGAGGAGGCUAACAUCACCUUCAAGAAACUGAAAUUCCUCACCACAAAUGCUGAGGCAGCCGUCAACAUGAAUGAAAAAGAUAAAUCAGCAAUUGAAUUUAGCUGCACAUUUCAUGGAGACUUCAAGUUACCCACCAACCCAACGUCCUUCAGUGAUGCUGUGAGAGUUUACAGAGACCUUCCUAACAUGCUGGGAGAGAAUGGAGAACAUGCUGUUCCACUCAGGGUGUGGCUGUACCCUCUGUGCAAGUUGGAUCCAAAAGCUGCAAGACUGCAAAGAGACAUCAGUAAUGACCUCAUCACAAACUCAUCAGAUAUAAUAGAGAGUUUAACCACAGCAGGGAUGAGAUGCAGAGACAUACUGAAAGACACUGCAGCAGCAACAUAUCCUGCCAUGGAAGAGAAGAUUCAGACUGUGAUCCAAAAGUGCCAUCAGCAUAAGCUUGACCUCAUGCAGAAGCUUGGGUCAGUGCUUCCUUCUAUCCGAGGGGGUGGGAAAGAGGAGAGUGCCCUUUUAGACAUUCUUAAGGCACACGAGAGUUCUCCAUUCAACAGCAAAGACCUGGAUCAGUGGCUCACAAACAAGGAGAAGGAAUCUAACACACUGAAAUCGUACCUCUGGCAACUGGAGAAACUAGGUGCAAACAUUGAUCACAAAUGGUCUGAUUUAGAUGUCAGAAAUGUUGUGAGCUUUACAUUUACCUCUUUAGACCAGCAUGAUGGUUACCUGUUGAAACUGUCAAAUAAUCUCAAACCACCAGGAAUGUUGAGGACUUCUGCAGAAUCCUCAGAUCUACAGGCUAGAAACACAGAGUGGCUCUCCAGUGAUAUUAGAGUAAGAAUGAGGGAACAAUUAAAACUGUUUGGAGAACUGAAGAACAUGAGCACCAGUGAUGACACCAAAUUCAUAGUCACUUCAAAAUAUGAUGAGAGUCAUCCUGGGGCGUGUAUUUUCAUAUAUGAAGAUGGAUGUGAUGAUGCAAUCCGCUUUGUUCCUCCAUCAAAACCUGCCACUCCAUCCACUACAGGUGUUUCACAUGACAGCAUAAGAGUUCAGGUGUCUGACCCAGACUCUGCCACUGUAGAGUACCGAGUAGAAUACAGAGAGAAACAGAAUCAGAAGACUGAAUGGAAAUCCCACCCAGUGCAGAGGAACCAAGACGCAGUAACUCUAUCAGGACUGAAGCCAGAGACUGAGUCCAUGAGAUCAGAGCCACAGCUGUGGGAAAACUCAGCUAUGCUGUCAGCAGUGAUGUCUGCAGAGCUGUAA